AUGUACCUGAACCCGGUGGUCGGCCGCAGUGAGCGCCGCAGCCCCGCCCCGCCGCCUACUGGCGCCAGUCGCGCGUCCGCCGUGGCGCGCGUCCAGAUGGCGCCAGUGCGCCCCUCCCCGGCUGGCGCGCUGCCCACCCGGUUUACCGACGCCCCCGCCCCCCUGGGGGGGCCAAUCCCCGUGCGCCAGCCGGCCGCCUUCCUACAGACGCAGCUGCGCACACAGAAGCCGCGGCGAGAGAUGCCGGGCUGCGCUGGUGCUCUGUCGCCGCUCGCCACACCUGCUGCUCUGCGCUUGUCCACCGUUUGUCGACGGUCUCCUCCGUGGCGGGCCGUGGGCUCCAGCUUGCCCAGCUUGCUGCAGCCAGCCGCCCACCCACCGCCAUCCAUUGAAUUCAUACGAGGUGCCCGCAGCCCAGUGCAAGCACGCAUUGUAGUCAUCAACCGUACAGGAGGCCGUGGUUUAACUGCAGCUGCCCUGGUGCGCCUUCCGCCGAGUUACGAGAGCGGGCAAGAAGUGGAAUCCUUCGCCACUGGCCGGUGCGCUCCGAUUCCAUCAAGCCAGCGUGACGCUGGCAGCGCCUGCAAACUGCGCGGCAGGCCGCCCGCGCGACACCUAAGUUUGUUUGGUUGCGGGCUGUGUUGGGCGCGCCGCGCCGCAGCAUCCGAGAGGCGAAAGGGGCCCAACUGGGUCACGCCAGCCGGCCGCGGCCGACUGCCUCCGGCUGCAGCCGAAGGGCCUCCCCAGCCCAGCCCUGCAGUCCGCCCUUCAGCCCUCCGCAGCCGGCCAGCCGCCGCCCGCCAGCCCACAGCGGCGGUCGAUGGCGGCGCCCGCGGCCCCGACACGGCCGUUCCCUCCAGCCGUGGCCGAUACGGCUGCGAUCGCUGA